GACGCUGCAAACCCCACCACGCCGGAUCGCUCUACUACGGUCUUGGGGACUCGUGACAACCACACUCCGAGCGAAUCGUUCCACAGACAAGAAGGGGAGAGGGGGCGAAAGCGCCGAAACCCCGGUCGAGACGCCGUAGUCCAAGACAACCUCGAGUCCGCAGACGACGCCACAAAGGGAGGCUCCGGGAACCCUCGCGGAUUCGACCCUGACAAACUCAGGGAGGGGUUACAUGAUGCCAAGCUACCCGUGUACCAGUACCUCGAGCAAGGCUUGCGGGACCUCCGUACGCGCGAACUGGACACUCCGGCAUUCCAUACGGAGGUUGGAAAGUGGUGGGAUAGCCACCGGGGCAGACGCCCACCCUUUACGGGUACCCGCACCUCUACCGGCGCAUGCCUGUCCGCCUUGUGCAAGGCGAGACGAGGACCUCGCCCAGUAUUACGGACUUCGUAAGGUUAGCUCCAAACCGACCAAGUGGGUGUUGUCGCGGUCAUCUUUGGGAGAGGAGCGAGCCGAAGCGCACAUCAGUUUCGGCUUCGGCCUACCGGCUGGGUGGUGCGAGGAGUUCGGCCCGGACCACUCGUGGACGUUCAAGAAGACGCACGAUGGAACACCAGUAGCGAUCUCCGUUGAAAAGCCUGGACCCGGCGGUGCAGGGCGUGUGGACAAGAUCACCUUCCAUCAUAGAGACGUGACAGCUGACUUCAUAGGCUUGAAGAAGUUCAUCCACACCGCCGGUGACCUCCGACAGGUUCUGGAGGUAGUGGAUGCGAAGCGGCCGUGCGCUGGGAUCCGCUAUAUCCACUACGGCGACGACUACUGGGGGCGCGACGCCUUCGGCAACGUUGUACGAGAUGCGCUCAGGCGCGGGCAGCCCCCCGACAUGGAGGGGGUGGGACACUUCCCGGGACCCCCUGGCUCAGGCGAGGGUAGCGUUAGCGCUACGCUCCACGUCGUUGGCGAUGAACACCGGUUUCGUCACGCCCGGUGCCGAGGCACCUCUCGGCAGGACGGCUCUUUCCCGCGGUGCGAAUAGUGUAGGAAUUGGCACGCCAAGACCUUCGCCCACA